UCGAGGAGAUUGUCGGGCCUGCCAUUGCCCAGGUGCUUCCCAAACACGAGAAACCCUGGUGGAGAACCAAACACCUGCUCGUUCUCAACUGUCUGAUGCUGGUCCCGCUGUUGUCGUCUGCUACCGCAGGCUACGACGGGUCGCUGAUGAACGGUCUGCAGUCGCUGCAAGAGUGGCGGGACUUUUUUUGGCAACCCGCAUGGAACUAUGCUUGGUUUCAUCAACGCAGCACAAAAUUGCGGCUGUCUGAUCGCACUACCAACGGUCGGAUGGCUCACCGACAGGAUCGGCAGAAAACCCGUUUUGAUCAGCGGUCUUUUUGGAAUCAUUGUGGCCACCAUCAUCCAAGCAUCCGCCUUCACGAUGGCCCAGAUGAUCGUGGCUCGGUUUAUUGUCGGUGCCGCUGGUAUGUUUGCCGUGCAGCCCGUGUCGCUGCUGACUGCUGAGCUGGCGUAUCCGUCCUUUAGAGGAAAACUGACGUCGCUGUACUGGUGUAUGUGGUAUCUUGGUGCCAUCUUGGCGUCCUGGUCGUGUUACGGCACCUCCGGCCGCGGAGACUCGUGGGCCUGGAGAAUACCCACCAUCUUGCAGGCCGGCUUCCCUUGUGUCCAGCUGCUUUUCAUGUGGCUCGUUCCAGAGUCGCCUAGAUGGCUGGUCUCCAAGGGAAGAAUUUCUGAGGCUCGCGCCACCCUCGUCAAGUACCACGCCAACGGCGACGACAAGCUGCCACUGAUCGACGUCGAAAUGACAGAGAUCAUCCAGGCGCUCGACCUGGAGAAAGAGGCAGCCAAGUCCAGGUGGCUGGACCUUGUCAGGACGGCCGGAAACAGGAAAAGAACUUACAUCGCGCUCAGCGUCGGUGUCGGUGCGCAGUGGAAUGGAAUCGCCGUUGUUUCGUACUACCUCACGCUUGUUCUCGACACAAUCGGCAUCACCUCCUCCGAUAUGCAGUCGCUGAUCAACGGCCUGCUCCAGAUCUUUAAUCUCCUGGCUGCGGUGACAGGUGCCCUUGUGGUGGACAGAUUUGGCCGCAGAUCCCUGUUUCUGUUCUCUGGAAUUGGCAUGCUGAUAUCGUACAUCAUCUGGACGGCGUGCUCGGCAAAGUUUUCUCAAACUGGCUCCAAACAGUACGGCCGUGCCGUUCUCGGGUUCAUCUUCAUCUAUUAUUUCCACUAUGACAUUGCGUACACGCCACUGCUCCUGGCGUAUCCAACAGAGAUCUUCCCGUACCAUUUGCGUUCCAAGGGCAUCACCGUCGAAUUGUUUGGUGUGUACAGUGCUCUGCUAAUUGCGGCGUUCUGCAACUCCAUCGCCAUGGACCGCAUUGGCUGGCGCUAUUACAUUGUGUUCUGCUGUAUUCUCGGUGCUCUCGUGGUCAACACCUAUGUGUUCUACCCGGAAACCAAGGGCUAUUCGCUGGAGGAGAUUUCGCGGGUGUUUGACGGCGAAGACACCGUUGCGCUGGUGGACGAUGCCGAGUCGCUCAAGGCCACUGCAGAGCAUCACGACACCGUCUAGUUAUGUAGUCAAUAUCAGUGCCAAAAGAGGCAGAAGGCGGCUCAUUGUGGGUCUCAGCACUGGGGCCACGUUCAAUGUGUGCGCCGUGUAGUUUCUUUGCAUUGCCUGCAACACUUCGUGUGACUCGGGCAGCAGCCGUUGACGACUGCGGAUCUUGGCGCUCAGUUUCAGCUCCAGAACGUCUCUUUCCCAAUCGCUUUCUGAAGGCCACGGUAGUGCAGAAAGAGCGCUUUUUUUCGUCUCGUUGGUUUUCAGGACGUUGAGCGCCGUCGACGUCUCCACGAUCUUCGCAUUGGACAUCUCGUAGACGUUUCUGCUGCAGAGCGAGGAGAGCAGCUCGUAAGUGUUUUUGUUCUAAAAUUAGUGGCAGCAAGAGUAUACUUACGUAGGCAGGACAGAAUUUGGUGCACUCUGACAUCAGCGCUCCCACGUAGUAGC